GGCAACCAAUCAAGCCAGAGUCAAUGCGUAUAAAAUAAAAUGUGCUCUCCAACGAAGACCAAGUUAACUACACUGGCUUACAACAGUUGCUUUAUUAUCCAUUCUACCUUUUGACUGAGAAGAAGAUGAGGGUUGUCAAUAUGGGUAUUCUGCUGGUUUGUGCAGCCUUUGCUCAGUCCUUCAAGUCUCAAGGUGGGGGGAGUCUGAGAGAGGAGGAGGACAUGUGGGGGAACUACCUAAUGGAAAGAGAUGACAACCAUACCGCGGUAGAGUUGGAGACUUUUCAUUCUAUUGUAUUAAMCAAAGCUAUCUUUACAGGUACCUGCUUUACGUGUAAGCGCAUCAUCAACAAGGUCAAGGCCAAGCUGAAUGGUGAUAAGAACAGGGAUAACAUAGCUGCUAAACUGGACUCUAUUUGUCGCAGCUUGGGGAAGCUCAAAGGCAUCUGCAAGAAACUGGUCAAGAAAUUCAAAGAACAACUGAUUGAUGCACUUGUCAGUGAUGUGGAUGCAAGGGUUGCCUGUAAGAAAUUGAAGCUAUGCAAAUGAGAUACCAUUCACCCACGAUUGCCCUGGUCACAGGUCUGAGCAUACAUGUUAUGUUCAUUUCUUUCAUAUGAACACGCUGUCAUAGCUUAGCUUUACAUUAUUUUCAUACACAACUGUCUGGAUGGAAUGGCAGUCUUUAAAGCCACUUGUAUUGCUAUUGCAAUUUUCAUUUAAUUAAAUACUGAAACUUAUUCAAAACGGUCUCCUUAAUUUCACAAUAAAACCCUUGCUAUUAAUGUAUACUAUCUCCCUGGAAUGCAAUCAAGAAAGAGUGGCUUAGUGUGGCUUGUUGUCUCCCUUUUGGAAUCAUUGCAAAAAUCCACCUGUGAAUUAGGGCUGAAUUUGGUCAUAUUUAUCAAUAAACUAUGCAUAUAUCGUCUCAA